AUGAAUUUGAGGUUACACGUGUUUUUUGGCCAGUUCCUCUGGUUACUGGCCGCUUUGAAUGGGAAGACUAUUCAGGGGAUACCGGGGUAUGGAAGGAACCUGCUCAUCAAGACGUUACCAGCCAUCGAAGACUAUCAGAGCAACAUCUAUGAAGUGUUCAUGGAACCUUACUUGUAUGAGUUCGGUCACCAAGUGUACCCGCCUGGUAACCGCGCUGAAAAACAAAUCGAAUAUAUUGUCCCUCAACGAAGCCCAGGACUUCAAGCGAUAGUGCAUUUACAAGCGGACGAAGAGUCAGGUGUGGAAGGUGACCUGAUCUUCACACAACUGGUGCCAAAUGGACCAGUGACCAUUGAAGGCAACAUCACGGGCCUGGCUCCAGGCUUACACGGUGUCCAUGUUCACCAAACUGGAGCUGUGAAGGAUAACUGCAAGGAGAUUGGACCACAUUUCCUUGCGUUCUAUGGUCGACACGGCGGUCCUCGCGACAACGUUCGCCAUGUGGGUGACCUUGGCAACAUAAAGGCGGAGGAAGGGCCUGUCACCGUCAAGAUCAUCGACCACCUCAUCUCUCUAGCUGGCCCACGAUCCAUAGUCGGUCGUUCUUUAGCCAUCUCUAAAGGCGAAGACGACUAUGGCAGAGCCAGCACGGAAGACAGUGCCCUCACCGGGACUUCAGGCCCGGCCAUUGCGUGUGGCAUAAUUGGCUACCUCCACUAA